UUUUCCCGAGAAAGUUUCGGUUUUCCACGAAAGCUCUGGUCCUGGCCCUAUCCACACCACUCCUUGUAUAUAUAGCGCCUCACUUGUUCAACGUUCAUACCCAAACCAAUUUUUCCCCUCCCUAAACCAGCAAACACAAUGGCAACUUGCAUCCAACCAUCUAGAACAGACACCGGCCACGCCAACCCACUUUCCCGCGAUCCAAACAGGUGCCAAGCCGACGAUCGCCUCUGCUGCUACGUAAAUUUCUGCCGACCCAGUUUCCCGAAUGGUGUCUGCUGCGUACCCAUUUGCCAGGAUCAGCCGACGUCCAUCCAUUCCGGCACCACCCAUCACGAAGGGCACGGCGACGAUCUGUGGCGGAGAAUGAAGGACGAAGCUCUGUCCGACGUCGAGGAAGAGCCCAUAUUGUCAAACUACUAUUUCAGCUUAAUUUUGUCUCAUAAUUCCCUAGAAAGCGCUCUGGUCAAUCAUCUCUCGAUGAAGCUGAGCAAUUCCGACCUUCCCAGCGGCGUUCUGUGCGAUCUUUUCGCCAGCCUACUCGACCGGGAAAUCGUGGCCGCCGUUGAAGACGACUUGAGGGCCGUGAAGGAGAGAGAUCCGGCUUGCAUAAGUCUCGUUCACUGUUUCUUGAAUUUCAAAGGGUUUCUCGCGAUCCAAGCGCAUAGACUGGCGCAUAAAUUGUGGUCUGAGGGCCGGAAAGUUUUGGCACUUUUGGUUCAGAACAGAGUUUCGGAGAUCUUCGCAGUGGACAUCCAUCCGGGCGCCCGGGUCGGGCGGGGGAUAUUGCUGGAUCACGCCACCGGAGUCGUGGUCGGAGAGACGGCGGUGAUCGGAGACCGCGUGUCGAUCCUGCACAACGUGACGUUGGGUGGUACCGGGAAGAGUUCCGGCGACCGGCAUCCGAAGAUCGGGGACGGGGUGUUGAUUGGAGCUGGGACAUGUGUAUUGGGGAAUGUGAGGGUCGGAGAUGGGGCGAAGAUAGGGGCAGGGUCGGUGGUGUUGAAGGAUGUGCCGGCGAGGACGACAGUUGUCGGGAAUCCGGCGAGGCUAGUCGGAGGGAAGGGGAAACCGGUGAAGCUGGAUAAGAUUCCGAGCCUGACCAUGGACCACACUUCGCAUGUUUGUAAUUGUGAGUGGUCGGAUUAUGUUAUUUAGAUUAGAUGAUGACGCCGAUGAUGUUAUUUGGUUUGUGUUUGAAUUUCUGAUGAGAAGAGAGAGAGAGAGAGAGAGAGAGAGAGAGAGACACUUAAGUGUGUAAGUUCUCUAGCAGAUUGCUGUGCUGCUGGCUAAUUAAAGACAGAAAGAAAGGACAAAGGCCCAUUGGGAUUGGCAUUGGGAUUGGGAUUGGGAUUGGGGGGCUGAUGUUACUUAGAGGCACGUCACAUGUUACUUAGACCAAGAGAAGGGUGGCGGGAUCUUUAGGAUGGGAUUUUGAAGUUCUUAAUGUUGAGGCCAAGGGCCAAGGCCUCCAUGCUUCUUUAUUUAUUUAUAGAUCACGAAAUAAGAGUGCCAUCUUCUUGUCACACUCUAUACAACAGAGUUUUUGUCUUCAA